UAUCCAGAGACAACCUAUAUCACAUAGAAUCACCUUGAUUUUGUUUUAUGUGGUGUGUUUGCCAUGCUUGCUCCCUGUAUGUUUGCUGUGGUAAUUUUUGGUAAUAUUUGGGAGUAAUCAGAGACACCAAGUCUCGAACCGCCAUCGCGCAACGCACUGUUAAGUACUUUUAAACUGAAUCUAAUCUGAUAAGCUAUGAUCACGGUAUAAUCUAUGACUCUUUUCUUUUACUUUUAAGUGGUAUUGAUGCUACUCGUGCUGACGCUACACAUGGCACUAUUUGUAACCGAUUCUUCAGCGUUAGGCGUAUUAGAAAAUCCUGGCUACAUUGUCCAUGAUCAGGUGCGAGGGUACUACGCGCUCCAAAUAGACGGUGGCCUAAUUGUCUAUGCCUGGCGAAAUAAGCACUUUGGGGGCAAAGCAAAAAUCAUAUUAGAGAGUCUGGAUACAUACAACGGUCAUUGGAGCGACAAAAACUUCAGGUCAUACAAGCCAAAGGACGAAAAAGCCAAGACAAAGACUACUCGAACUUGGUGGGGCAAAAAGAUCACCAAGGUAACUGUAAAACGUAUUGGGAAAGUCGGUGUUGACAAAGCAAUAGAGUGGGCAACGUCACAGAAGGAACUCUACUACUCUUCCUCUCGUUGCCACAGCCUGCACUACGUGGACUACUUCGUUUACGGGACUACUUUCGGAGCCUGGUACACUCCGUGGUACCUCCCCGCAUGCAAGGAGUGCCCUGUCCAUGAGAGGCUGUAUCCUGAAAAUAGAAGCCCGUGAACAGCCCAAUGGCGGAUCUAGGGGGACCAUGGUGGAACCCCCCCCCCACGGGCCAAAAUAAUGGGGUUAUGAGAAGGGUAAAAGGAGGGAGAGAAAAAAAUUGCUUC